AUGCAUAGUGCCGAGGAGUGGCUGGCCAUGGCCCCCGUUAUUAAGAAGCUCUACGUCGAGGAGCAUCGCAAGUUGAACGAUGUCAUGGUCAUAAUGGAGCGGCAAUAUGGAUUCAAGGCCACUGAGCAGAUGUAUAAGAAAAGGUUCACGGCGUGGGGGCUAUCCAAGAAUAGGAAGCGUGUGCCUCGUGCUGCGACAGGACCUGAUGGGUUAAAGGUGCAGCAAUAUAACCGCACAGGUCUCAUGCGCACGACUGCUCCCGGCGAGUACUUCCUCACACUGGACAAGGAGUUGUUAGGCCACUAUCCUGCCGAGACCGCCCUCUAUAGCGUCGCGGCCUGGGCAAACGGAAACUUUGAUGGCACACACUGGUUGCAGACCAAUAAACAGCUGAGCCUCUGGUCAGCAUCUGCAAACGGCCCGGCCACGUAUCCCAGCACACAAAUGUUCCAAGAUAUUGCCCUAUCUCAGGCCUUGUUGGAGCGCCGGCAGGGUCGACUGGCUGGACUCGCCGUCCGCAAGGCGUUUUGGCAGCUCGAAGAGGUCAUCAAGAUUGGCGACCCGGCACUGCUGAGAAACCUGGUGGAUAUCGUCUUCCAAAUGAUCCAAAUGAAACAUGAUACUCUGCUACGAAUGCUGCUAUCUCAGCUGACGAGCCUUGCUAAUCACCAUCUUCCAUCGCUCCACCCGCUGGUCCAGUUCUUUCGGCAAAUUGACAAAAGCAACAACGAUCUUGCUAUUCUGAUCAAAAUGGCAUUCCGAUGCUUUGUGGAGAACUUUCACCAGCGCAUGAAUGAUAACUUCUAUUGGAUGUACGACAACUGGGUCUGGGACUCGAGCAUCAGAAUCAUCGACUCGGACCCCGAAGGAGACUACAAGCGCAUCAUGGAAGCAUUUCAAGCCCUUGCUCUAAACACCGAGGCCGUCGAGUCUUCCCAGGUGUUGAGAUCACACCUUGGCUUUCUCACCAAAACGAGACUGAUGAGAAGCGACGGCUUUGAAAAGACGUCGGCCACUGACGUUUUGAAAAUCCUCAAUCAAGAGGAAGACGAGCUGGAUGCGGCAGCAAUACCCAAAGACCCGAGAGUGCAUGUGUACAUGCGCACUGCUGCAAUCAAACGCGCCAUUGACAAGCAGGACUGGGACAAGGUCAGUGAAACCAUGCAAUCUAAUAUUAAACGCUUGGAGAUGAUAUAUGGGUUCGAAAGUCGGGAAGUGAUUCGAGAACUCUGGUCAUUGGAAAAGGUCAUGAGGAAAGCUGGCAACGUGGAAGAAGCAGACAAGAUUGAAAAGGAUGCUCUGAGGCGGAUCGGCGUAUACUUGUCUGAAGUCCCAGGGUAUAUGCAAUAG